UUUCGUGACUGACCGACUCCAGGAGGCUCUUUGGAUCGCUAUCCUUACCCUAAUCCAGUUGAAGCCUUGGCUCCUGCCCGUGAUGGCCCAUUCCGGAUCAUCCACCUCGUCCACGGCUUCGUUCUUUGGUGGGUCCAGUUUGGCUGGGCGGGAGAGCGGUUCUUCGGGUUUAAGCAUGGAUCCGGAGGUGGCUCGCCGGUUGUUUCAUGAGGGCGGAACCUUGCUGUGGCUGGACAUGCCCGUGGGCGCCGAAUUUGGCUGCGACAUGACCACCUGGAACACGGCCCAAAAAUUCAAGGGCGUCAAGAUGAUCCCGCCCGGCAUGCAUUACUUUUACUGGAGCUCGGUGAGUAAAGAGGGCCAUGUGUCGCCCCGCACCGGAUUUUUCCACGACUUCCGGAAGGCUGAGGUCUUGGCCAAGCGGUUCAAUCCCUUGACCGAAACCAUCGAAGACAUCACCGGUGACGAACUAGAGCGCAUGAAAUUGGAUCUUCGCAAUCUCGAUCCCCAUUUGGGAGCCUACCCCUAUGAUUUGUGGAAGAAGUGGAUCUCCUUAACUAAUAAGAUAUCCAGCGCCACUUUAGCCAGAUUGGUGCCGAUGAAUGGCUUGAUUCAAUCCGUGUCCGAAUUGGUUCCGGCCCAACAUCGAACCAAUCGAACUGAGCGACGGAAUGCGGCCGCCAGGUUAGCCGCAGAACAACAACAGUCCACAGCCUCUUCCUCCACCAUGUCCACGGCCCCCAUGGAUGUAUCGGGGACCCCUCCAGGGGAAGUGGGCGGGGAAUCACCUCGGACAGCUGCCAAGCGAAGCCGAUCAGAUCAGGUUGAGCUCGAUGGCGACAAGUUGCCCAAAAUGGACUUGAAGCCCGGCACCGAGAUUCGUUACACCCCACUACCGACUGAGAAAUAUCCGCCCGGCUCAAAUGCGGCACAAAUUACGAAGCACAGUAUGGACGCCUCGUUCCAAGUGGCGUCGUAUUUCAACCACUUCAAUAAAAUGUAUGGAGAUUCCGUCUCCAGCGCCAUGAGUGACCGUAAUCAGUCGGACGAGGUAUUGGCCGAGAUGCAGUUCUCAUUCAUAUGUUUUUUGGUUGGUCAGCACUACGAAUCCUUCGAGCAUUGGAAGCGUCUUCUCACGUUAUUCUGCUCGUGCCACGACGCCCUCGAGGAGCACGCCGAAUUCUACAUCAGGCUCAUUUCGGACCUUCAUUUUCAGAUUUUCUCCGCAAUGCGAGCCUUCCAAUGUGUAUUAGCUUUGGCCUUGGCCUUAGCCGCCUCCGUCUCUGCCCAUCAUCCCGUCAAAGUUGACACACUAGCCAGUUAUCAACAUGGCGUGGAAGGCGAAAUCUUCGCCGUCAACGAGUCCACACUCUUCGUGAAGGAUUUUGAGUAUGAUGGCCAAGGUCCCGAUGCCUUCUUUUGGGUGGGAACCGAGGGUGAACCCGGAGAAGUGGGCACCAUUUUGCCAUACCCCUUUCAGGGAGAAUUCUACGAGUACACCGAUUCCAAUGCUCCGAUCAUCACUGGCAAAUUCGAUAAGGUCAACAUCACCCUCACCCUCCCCGAGGAUUUGAAGGUCACCGACUUGAAGUGGAUCUCCGUUUGGUGUCGCCAAUUCAGCGUCAAUUUCGCCGACGCCUUCUUCCCCGAGGACUUGUCUUUCGAUCAUGAUGGUGAUUCCUACGCUGAACCCGAGGACACGGACGCCGAGCCCGAGCACGAGGGUGACCACCACCACGACCAUCAUGAGGAUAGCGAUGUGUCUGCCGAACCCGAGCACUCCGACGCCGAGCCCGAGCAUUCGGACAGUUACGACGACGACUCCGAGCAAUACAACAAAGACCACCAUGGCCUUCCCCACCCUCUGGAUGUGCCCAACAAUGCUCAUGACCCCAAUGACCGUUACAAUGACGAUCCCGAUGUUGGCGCUCAAUCUGGUGCUGAGCCUGAAAGCGAAGGCGACCACAAUGGCUCUGGUGUGACCAUGGCUGGCAAGUUCGAGGUGUUUUUGGCUCUAUUGGUGAGCUUCCUAGUGUUUAGCCAGUAAUUCGUCGGGUUCCCGAACCAUCCGAUAGAAGAGCUGUGAUUUUAACCAAUGGACUAAAUGUGUGCCGAGAGUGAACCCGUGAGAACCAAUUGUCAAAACAGCUGGAUGGAGUGUUGGGUGGUACUGUCACGAUAGCACAAUGAACCGUACUACUUCACGAGGUAGAGACAUCUUAAGAAUGCAAACGGGUCUCCACAACUCAUUCGUUCGGUCCCAUGGGUGAACUAUUUAAUGAAAAGAGAAUAAAUGAAUGGUGCCUGAAAGGAAA